GCCGGGGCCCCGCCGCUAGCCGCGAGAGAUCGCGAGAAGGGAGCUUGGCAGGAUCGGCCGGCCGAUCGCCCAGAGGAUCGGCCUCCUCGUGCACGACCGGCUCCACCAGCACCACCUACGCCGCUUACUGGCGGCCCAGUGAAAUGGAGGAGAAAUCCUCGGCUCGGUUCUCCGACUAUCUGUUCGCCAAGAUGGACGGCCAGGACGUGUCGGCCUCUCAGGGUCCCCGUAAGGUGACCGCCGACACCAGGAAGUUCAUCAGGGAGAAUCUUCUCCUCGUGGUCACCUUAUCCGGCGUGAUGUUUGGCGUGUUACUUGGGUUCGGUCUGCGACCCCUGAACCUCGGCGAUGACGCAGUUAUGUUAAUCAGUUAUCCUGGAGAACUGUUCAUGAGGUUGUUGAAGCUGAUGAUCUUGCCACUGGUGAUCGCCAGCCUUAUAUCUGGCUCUGCCAGUUUGAACGCAAGGAUGAACGGUAUGAUCGCUGUUCGAACUUUGGUAUACUUUAUACUCACGUCAUUGCUGAAUGCUGUCCUUGGCGUUGUCCUGGUUCUACUUAUUCACCCGGGUAAUCCGGGAAUUCGAAAAUCGAUGACUACUUCGCACAGCGGAAGGGCCGUCAACAUCUUGGACAGCCUGCUCGAUUUGGGAAGGAACAUGUUCCCGGACAAUAUUUUCCAGGCAGCCUUUCAGCAGGCGCACACGGUAUACGUUCCAAAGACUCAGCCUUUUCGAAAUCUCAGCGAUUCCAUGUCCAACGAUGUCAUGGGAGAGGUGGAGCUGAUGAGAGUAACUCAAUAUAGAAGCGGUACGAACACCCUGGGCAUAGUUUUCUUCUGUCUGGUGUUCGGCACGUUUUUGGGAACGCUUGGGGAAAAAGGCCAGAUCGUGAUCGACUUCUUCAAAGCUGUAUUCGAAGUCAUCAUGCGAAUGGUGUCGACUGUGAUGUGGAUGACACCGGUAGGCAUCACCUCGGUAAUAGCUGGGAAAAUACUCGGCGUGACCGAUUUGGCUUUGGUGAUGUCGCAGCUCGCUUGGUUCAUCGUCACGAUCGUGGUCGGUGUAUUUUUCUAUCAGCUGGUGAUCAUGCAGCUGAUCUAUCUGGCCUUCGUGAGAAAGAACCCCUUUAAAUUCUACGCCGGCCUCGCCCAGGGUACACUGACCGCCUUCGCCAUGGCAUCAACCCAGCCGAGAAGAGGCUUUGCGAGGCCGUACUCCUGUCCAACAUUCCAAAAAACGAUCCACUCCGUGCAGCGUUUCCCAACGUUCAAGCAUUUCGGUACUGGAACAAUCAGACCCGUUGAAAUUCUAGAUUUCCAACAUAUUUUUAGUUUAUCGCCCGUUGUUCUAGCGUCAAGUUCGUUGUGGAACGCUGUCGAAUCCUUUUCUCCUGUCGAUUCCGUUCCUAUUCCUUUACGGGACCUUUAUGUUUUCUUGAGUGUUGCUCGCGGGGAAAGCUCUUCGUUGCCAAUGAGAAAGAGAGAAAGAGAGAAAGAGAGAGAAAGGGAGAGAGGUAUGCAGUUCCGGAUGGCACUUAGGAUGCGGAUACUCCCGGUUAUUAGUGAUAACCACGAACUUUCGGUCAAUUUUCAUUCCAAUUUAUAAUGAUAUAUAUACCGAAAAAAAGAAAUAAAUAAAAAAAAAAUCGAAAUUUCGAUGGUACUCCAUGCACUAUAAAAUACGAUGAAACGAUUUGUACACGGAGAAUAUUGUUUAAUAUCCGUGUCUGUUGAACCGGAAAUCAGCUGACUCCGUGUCAACUGGACUGAUUAUUGGCAUGGAAGCCUUCGAGGGCCUUGGUUAUCCGAAUUUUCUGUCCUCCUGCAGCGAGAGGAAGGACAGAGGAGGAGGAUAGAGGACGGAAAGAAAAAAAGGCUUUUAUGCCAAUCACGUUUACCAUUUAAGUAUUUUCCCAGAACAAGAGGAAAGCUGAAAAAAAUAUUGUCUGCUCGUGUCGAGCCCGCUCUUCCAGGUUUGCCGGCGUCAUCCAUCACUGGCCAGAAGCCCCGAGCUACGAUCAUUUUCUUUCUCUGACUAUGUUCAUUACCGUGGAUCACGCGAAGCAACGAUCAUUUUUUCAGUUUAUCCAUCAGCAUUUCAUUCGGCAUCUUCAAUAUCCUUUACCUACCUCGGUGUUUCCUGGAACUUAAUUCCCUUCCUAAUUCGUCCCUUCUCAUCUUGCAACUUCGUUCCCUUCGAUGCAUCUUGGGACAGAGAAGCAUUCGUCCAGUAACGAAUUCGAUGAGCGUGACUUCGAACCUUUUUUCUACGGUUUAUUCACGUUAUAGUUAAAGCUCGAUCAUCGGAGAAAGAGGUCUGUACGAAGAUAAUAUCAAUAAUAGUACUAAUUACAGUUGUAAGCGUAUCACGAGCGUACCUAUAGCGUGAACGAAACCAUCCCGUCCUAUCAUCGCGGCGGUCAAGAUCGCAAACGUCCUGAACCAUCAAUAUUCUAAUUCAACUUAUUUUCUAUGUGGAUAUUAACUUUUUCCAGAAGAGAGGUUCUGACUGAGAGAAACCGCUCUCAGUGUAACUGAACAGAGACUGUAUGAAUAUCAUGAUGAUGUAUUAGAACACGCGCUGCACGCGGCCUUUUGCAGGUGGUUCAGAGACCGAGGGUGGCCUUGGUAAGUAAUCGAUGGCCGCACACAUGAAGAUACAUACGAUUGUCUGUUGCAGGAGCUUAAUAAAAAAAAAAAAA